AAUUAUUAAUCUUUUGUGUUGAGAUUGCAAAAAAAUGGCACAACUUAGCCUUUACUUGCUAGUCAUCAUGGUCUCUCUCUUUUGCAAUUCAAGCUUAGCUGAACCAGCCUUUGCUAGACAUUCUCAAUCAAAUGGCUACAUCAAGGACUCAUGUCGUAUCACCCGCUAUCCAUCUCUGUGUCUCCAAUGCCUCUCUAGCUAUGGCAACAGUACUACCAUCCAAAGCCCGGAACAACUUGCUCAAGUCGCCUUGUCUGUAAGCCUAUACCGAGCACAAUACACAAGAGCAUACAUGCUUAAAGUUGCUAAGGAACUUGAGUCAAGCAAGGCCAAGGGGUACUACCAAACUGUGAAAGAUUGCUUGGCAGAAAUCAAUGAUAGUGUAGACCAACUUAGCCAAUCGAUUAGGGAGCUACGUCGUUUGGGGCAAGAAACUGUGGCAAAUGACAUCUUUUGGCACAUAAGUAACGUUGAGACAUGGGUUAGUGCUGCCCUUACUGAUGCAAGUACCUGUUUGGAUGAGUUUCCGGGGCAUAACAUGGGAAAAUUGAAGGCUACGAUUAAGGGAAAGGUGUUGAAUGUAGCACAAGUCACAAGCAAUGCAUUAGCUUUGUUUCACAGAUAUGCUGCUGCAAAGUAUAGAGCAGCUAAUAGGAAGCCAUAA